AUGCCCCCCCACAUCGCCCGCCGAGCCUCCUCCCCCACCCAGCCCCUCCUCCAACUCCCCGCCGAGCCCGAAGAUGAAUCCGAACCGGAAGACACCUCGACCCUCCACCCAGCCAGCUCGAGCAGCUCCAUGCACUUCCCCGACCGGUACCAGAACCCCCACCAGCGCGACGUGCGCCGCUACCUCGCCUUCGCAAGCGCCAUCGUCUCCUGCCUCUGCGCCGGCUCCAUAACCGCAUACUCUCUCUACGGGCAUCUCUUCCAAGAGCGCCUGCGCUACACCCAGCUGCAGGUGAAUAUCGUCUCCAUCACCGCCGAGCUGGCCAUGUACCUCCCCGUUCCCAUCUUCGGAUAUCUCUGCGACCGUGUCGGGCCGGCGCCGCUGUCCCUCUUUGCUGGCGUCGUGUUCGGCCUGGGGUAUACACUCGCGGCUUUCACGUAUCGGAGUGGUGCGGCGGAAGUGGGGAUGCCGGAGGCGCAGGGGGGGUGGCCAUUUGCGUGUAUGGUGGUGGCGUUUGUGGCGAUUGGGAUGGGGACGGCGAGUAUGUAUCUCUCUGCUGUGACGACGUGCGCGAAGAACUUUGGGCGUGGAAGGCAUAAGGGACUGGCGCUUGCGGCGCCGAUUGCGGCGUUUGGGCUGAGUGGGAUGUGGCAGAGUCAGAUUGGGAGUCGGGUGCUGUAUGAGCGGUUGCCUGAGGGUGGGAAGGGGGAUGUGGAGCCGUUCAUGUAUUUCUUGUUCUUGGCUGUGACGUUGUUGGCUGCGGGAUUGUUGGGGUCUGUGGGGCUGCAGAUUGUGGGUGAAGAUGAGCUGAUUGAUGAUGCGCUGGAGACGCUUGAGGCGAGCGGGCUGUUGCAGGAUAGUGCGUUUUUCAGGGGGAGCGAGGCGGCGCGGGAUUAUGGCUCUAUCAAUGGCCACGAUUCUACGGAUGAUACGGCCUCAACUAGGCGGCUGGCAGCGGCCGCCAAGGCGAGAGAGGCUGCGAGGGAGGCGCUCGAGGCGCGCAAGAAAACAUUCCUUCUCAACGAAGAGACGCGCAUCUUCUUGACCGACCCGACGAUGUGGCUCCUAGCGCUUGGUUUCUUCCUCGUCACCGGACCCGGAGAGGCAUUCGUCAACAACCUCGGUACCAUCAUAGGGACACUCUACCCACCCAUCGUCCCGGGCGUCAAAGGCGAGACCCAAACUACAGCAGCCACCCACGUGAGCAUCGUCGCCGUGACUAGCACCAUCGCGCGUAUCCUCACCGGGACGCUUACCGACCUCCUCGCGCCCAUCUCUCGGCCCCACGAAAACAUGGCCGCAUCCAUCUCAUCCCUCCGCCCGCCCUCGCUUCGCCCCUCCCACCUAACCAUCUCCCGCAUCGUCUUCCUCCUCUUCUUCUCCCUCCUCAUGACAGGCGGACAAGUUGCACUAGCGAGCGGCUUUGUGCAGGGUCACGGCGAGCGUUUCUGGAUCGUGUCGUCAGCUAUUGGGGCUGGUUACGGUGCGAUUUUCAGCAUCACGCCCAUCAUCAUCAGCGUCAUCUGGGGGGUUGAAAACUUCGGAACAAAUUGGGGAAUCGUGGCGGUGGUGCCGGCGCUGGGGGCGACGCUGUGGGGGGUCGUGUAUAGUAGUGUGUAUCAGUGGGCAGCGGAGAGGGGCGGGGUGGAGGAUAGGGAUACGUAUGUGCUUUGUUAUGGGCGGGAGUGCUAUGAGACUACGUUCUGGGCGAUGGCGGGGAGCGUGUGGCUUGCGUGUCUACUGUGGGCGUGGGCGUGGAAGGGGCCAGGAGGGUGGUCUCAGAGGGGCAUUGCCAUUUGA